ACUUUACAAAGGUGUUGGGGAUCGCCAGAGUAACACCAGAGACGGAGAAGAGCAUUUAAAGAGGAUGCUGCUUAACAUUCUCUGCUGCUUGACCAGGCUGGACAGAGGAGCAGUUUAUCACUCCGAGAGACCAAAGCGGACUGAUAGAGCUCCCAUUUUGCUAACUCAUAAAGCUGUUUUCAGUCUCCCUUCCAUAAUCAUGGCCUUACUUCAGCCCAAGGAUUUGGAGUUUCAUGGCGUAAUGAGAUUUUAUUUUCAAGAUAAAGCUGCUGGGAACUUCGCAACAAAAUGCAUUCGGGUCUCUAGUACGGCCACCACGCAAGACGUGAUCGAGACGCUGGCAGAGAAAUUCCGCCCUGACAUGCGGAUGCUGUCGUCCCCAAAGUACUCCCUCUACGAAGUUCACGUCAGCGGAGAAGAAAGAAGAUUGGAUAUAGAUGAGAAACCCCUUGUUGUGCAGUUGAAUUGGAAUAAAGAUGACCGAGAGGGCAGAUUCGUUCUUAAGAACGAGAACGAUGCCCUUCCUCCUAAGAAGGCUCAAAGCAACGGACCUGAAAAGCAGGAGAAAGAAGGUGUUAUCCAGAACUUCAAGAGAACUCUCUCCAAGAAAGAGAAGAAGGAGAAAAAGAAGAGAGAGAAAGAGGCAGUGAGGCAGGCAUCUGAGAAAGAUGAUCGGCCUUUCCAAGGGGAUGACCUCGAGAAUUCCCGACUGGCCGCCGAGGUUUACAAAGACAUGCCCGAGACCAGCUUCACGCGCACGAUCUCCAACCCCGAGGUGGUCAUGAAGCGCCGGCGGCAGCAGAAGCUGGAGAGGCGGAUGCAGGAGUUCCGGAGCUCGGACGGGCGGCCGGACUCAGGUGGAACACUGAGAAUUUAUGCAGAUAGCUUAAAACCGAACAUUCCCUACAAGACAAUCCUGCUGUCCACCACGGAUCCUGCUGACUUUGCUGUGGCCGAGGCUCUAGAGAAAUACGGUCUGGAGAAGGAGAACCCUAAAGAUUACUGCAUCGCCCGGGUUAUGCUGCCUCCUGGAGCCCAGCAUUCGGAUGAAAACGGUGCUAAAGAAACGAUCCUCGACGAUGACGAGUGUCCUUUACAGAUCUUCAGGGAGUGGCCAACUGACCGAGGGGUUUUAGUCUUUCAGUUGAAGAGGAGGCCGCCAGACUACGUCCCGAAGAAAACGAAGAAACAUGUCGACGGGAAGCUGGUGAAAGGGAAAGAGAGAGCCGAGGGUUCCGGCUACGGCUCAGCACUUCCGCCCGAGAAGUUGCCCUACCUGGUGGAGCUCAGCCCAGAUGGUUCUGACUCCAGGGACAAGCCCAAGCUUUACCGCCUUCAGUUGAGCGUCACUGAGGUCGGGACAGAGAAGUUCGAGGAGAACUCCAUCCAGCUGUUUGGAUCAGGAAUUCAGCCCCAUCACUGUGACCUCACAAACAUGGAUGGAGUUGUCACCGUGACUCCGAGAAGCAUGGACGCCGAGACGUACGUGGAAGGACAGCGCAUCUCCGAGACGACCAUGCUGCAGAGCGGGAUGAAAGUGCAGUUUGGGGCGUCACACGUGUUCAAGUUUGUGGACCCCAGCCAGGACCACGCUGUGGCCAAGAGACCCGUGGAUGGAGGCCUGACGGCCAAGGGCCCCAGACAGAAGCCUGGAAUUGUUCAGGAGACAACUUUCGAUUUGGGGGGAGAUGUUCACAGCGGCGCAGCGCUGCCAGCGAGCAAGAGCGCCACCAGGCUGGACAGCGACAGGGCACUGCCUGCCCCCGGCACGGCCGAGCGCGGGACAGUGAAGCCGAUGCUGAGACUGGAGCAGCAGGACUGCCGCCGGCAAGAAAACAGAACUCAGGAUGCUCUUGGGCCUGAACUCAUACUGCCUGCAAGCAUUGAAUUCAGGGAAAGUUCUGAAGAUUCAUUUUUAUCUGCCAUUAUAAAUUAUACUAAUAGCUCUACAGUCCAUUUUAAGUUGUCACCUACAUAUGUAUUAUAUAUGGCAUGUCGGUAUGUAUUGUCGAGCCAGUACAGACCCGAUGUCAGUCCUACAGAGCGUACUCACAAAGUGAUUGCCAUAGUCAACAAGAUGGUGAGCAUGAUGGAGGGGGUGAUUCAGGAAGUAGACCAGGUUGAUCAGAAACAGAAGAAUAUCGCAGGGGCGCUUGCUUUCUGGAUGGCCAACGCAUCUGAGCUUCUCAACUUCAUUAAGCAGGACCGAGAUCUUAGUCGAAUCACAUUGGACGCCCAAGAUGUUUUAGCACACUUGGUUCAAAUGGCGUUUAAAUAUCUGGUUCAUUGUCUUCAGUCAGAACUGAAUAACUACAUGCCGGCUUUUCUGGAUGACCCUGAAGAGAACAGUCUACAAAGACCAAAAAUAGAUGACGUCUUGCACACGCUCACGGGAGCGAUGGCGCUGCUGAGGCGCUGCAGGGUCAAUGCUGCUCUGACCAUCCAGCUUUUCUCUCAGCUCUUCCACUUCAUCAACAUGUGGCUCUUCAACAGAUUGGUGACCGACCCCGAGUCGGGACUGUGCUCUCACUAUUGGGGGGCGAUCAUCCGCCAGCAGCUGGGGCACGUGGAAGCCUGGGCAGAGAAGCAGGGAUUAGAGCUGGCGGCCGACUGUCACCUGAGCCGGAUAGUGCAGGCGACCACUUUGCUCACCAUGGAUAAAUAUGCUCCUGAGGACACCCCAAAUAUCAACAGCACCUGCUUUAAGUUAAAUUCACUGCAGCUGCAGGCCUUGCUACAGAAUUACCACUGUGCGCCCGAUGAGCCCUUCAUCCCCACGGACCUGAUAGAGAGCGUCGUGGCCGUGGCCGAAAACACGGCCGACGAGCUGGCGCGCAGCGAUGGGCGGGAGGUGCAGCUGCAAGAGGACCCUGAUCUGCAGCUGCCUUUUCUUCUGCCGGAAGACGGCUAUUCUUGUGACGUCGUCAGGAACGUUCCAAACGGUUUACAAGAAUUUCUGGACCCUCUGUGCCAGAGAGGGUUUUGCAGGUUAAUUCCUCAUGCACGUUCACCAGGUACUUGGACGAUCUAUUUUGAAGGUGCGGAUUAUGAGAGCCAUCUUCUGCGUGAGAACACAGAACUGGCUCAGCCUCUGCGGAAAGAACCUGAAAUAAUCACUGUGACUCUCAAAAAGCAAAACGGAAUGGGCCUCAGCAUUGUCGCGGCAAAGGGUGCUGGUCAAGAUAAACUUGGAAUCUAUGUCAAGUCUGUCGUAAAAGGAGGUGCUGCAGAUGUGGACGGACGCCUGGCCGCAGGUGACCAGCUGCUCAGUGUGGAUGGACGAAGUCUGGUAGGACUCUCUCAAGAAAGGGCAGCAGAACUCAUGACAAGGACCAGUUCCGUGGUGACACUGGAAGUAGCCAAGCAAGGAGCGAUCUACCACGGCCUGGCCACCCUGCUCAAUCAGCCGUCCCCGAUGAUGCAGAGAGUUUCAGACCGUCGUGGCUCAGGUAAACCCCGACCAAAGAGUGAAGGUUUCGAGCUCUAUAACAAUUCAGCUCAAAACGGGUCACCCGAGAGCCCUCAGCUGCCUUGGGCAGAAUACAGCGAACCGAAGAAGCUCCCUGGCGAUGACAGGCUGAUGAAGAACCGGGCUGACCACCGCUCCAGCCCCAACGUGGCAAAUCAGCCCCCCAGUCCCGGAGGGAAAAGCGCGUACGCCCCUGGAGCAGCCGCGAAGAUCACGUCCGUCUCCACCGGAAACCUCUGCACUGAGGAGCAGACCCCUCCACCUCGACCUGAGGCCUAUCCCAUCCCCACCCAGACGUACACCAGGGAGUACUUCACCUUCCCGGCCUCCAGGUCCCAGGACCGCGUGGCUCCCCCUCAGAACCAGUGGCCCAAUUACGAGGAGAAGCCGCACGUGCACGCAGAUGGUCAUCAGUCCGGCCCCGCGAUGCAGCGCGUCACCCGCUCCCAGGAGGAACUUCGGGAGGAUAAAGCUUACCAACUCGAGCGGCAUCGGCUGGAGGCGGUGCUGGAUCGCAAGUCCGACAGCGACGUGUGGAUCCAGCCGAGCUCCUCGGUGGGCUCCAGCACGUCCAGCCAGGAGCACCUGGACCCCUGCUCCAAGUCGGGCACCCCCGCCUCCACGCUGACCAAGAGCGGCCCCGGGCGCUGGAAGACGCCGGCCUCCGCGCAGCCCCUGCCGGCGGCCCCCCCGCCCGCGCAGACAGACCUGCCCCCGCCACCCCCGCCGCCUCCCGCGCACUACGCCGGAGACUUCGACGGGGUCCCCGUGGACCUGCCCCUCCCACCCCCUCCCAGCGGCCAGGCGGCGGCGGAGCGGAGGAAACGGGAGGAGCAGCAGCGCUGGUACGAGAAGGAGAAGGCCCGCCUGGAGGAGGAGCGGGACAGGAAGCGCCGGGAGCAGGAGCGGAAGCUGGGCCAGAUGCGCUCCCAGGCCCUGAACCCGGCCGCGUUCUCCCCGGUGACCGUCGCGCACGUGAAGCCGGAGAAACCUUCCACGCUCCAGAGGCCCCAGGACACGGUCAUCCGGGAGCUGCAGCCCCAGCAGCAGCCACGCACCAUCGAGCGCCGAGACUUGCAGUACAUCACGGUCAGCAGAGAGGAGCUGUCCUCGGGGGACAGCCUGUCCCCCGACCCCUGGAAGCGGGACGCCAGGGAGAAGCUGGAGAAGCAGCAGCAGAUGCACAUCGUGGACAUGCUGAGCAGGGAGAUCCGGGAGCUCCAGAGCAAGCCCGAGCGCAGCGCCGAGGACAGCGACCGCCUGCGCAAGCUCAUGCUGGAGUGGCAGUUCCAGAAGAGACUGCAGGAGUCCCAGCAGAAGGACGAGGACGACGAGGAGGAGGAGGACGACGACGUGGACACCAUGCUGAUCAUGCAGCGCCUCGAGGCUGAGCGGAGAGCAAGGUUACAGGACGAGGAGCGGCGGCGGCAGCGGCAGCUGGACGACAUGCGCAGGCGGGAAGCGGAGGACCGCGCCAGGCAGGAGGAGGAGAGGACGAAGCGAGACGCCGAAGACAAGAGGCGACAGGAAGAAGGUUAUUACAGCCGCCUGGAAGCCGAGAGGCGCAGACAGCACGCGGAGGCCGAGCGCAGGCUGCUGGAGCCGGAGGAGCCGGGCCUGGGCAGACCGCCGCUGCCGCGGGGCUACGAGCUCCCGGCCCCGUCCUCCCCGGCGGCUGCUCCUCCUCCCCCGCCUCAGCGGACCGCCUCCUCCCUGCAGGCCCCGGCCCUGUCCCCAGACUCCCUGUACACCGCCAGGCUCGUUGCGUACCACGAGGAGGAGGAGGAGGAGGAGGACUGCAGUCUGGCAGGACCAGACUCUUCCGUGGGAUCUUCCGGGGCAGUGAUCGGUGCCCGUGACGGCUCCCGGGACCCGAGAGAGAGGCUGGCGAAAAGCCAUGAUGCAGAUUUACCUGGAAAUUCCGGAGCCCCUGAGAACUUGACAUUCAAAGAGCGCCAGCGGCUGUUCUCACAAGGUCAAGAUGUGUCCAAUAAAGUGAAAGCCUCUCGUAAAUUAACAGAACUGGAAAACGAACUGAACACAAAGUGAGACCAGGAAAUGGCACCCGUGCUCAGCCCAGAGUCCUCCCGGUGCGGCUUUGGAGGAUGGUCGGGGGAGAGAAGGAGGCGGCGGCAUUUCCGAGUCACAGAAGGGCUGUUUGGAAGAUGGGUGGGAUUUAGAGGUGGUCCCAGUCCGAGAAGCCCUUUUGUUUUACCAGGAGAUUAUCAUUUAUACGAUGUAAACACUGUCUAAUUUCUUAAUUAUCUGACUCACCCGAAGAUACGUUUUUUGUUGCUUUUUCUAGAGUCCAAGCUGGAAAGGGGGAGCGUGCAGCGCAGGCGAGGGCAGUGGGGUGUCUCCCCCGCUGUCCCCAGGGGGUGCCGAGAGGCCACGUCCGUCCCGUGUCACAGACUGGACUGUAGGGAUGGGACGGGGAGUAGCCUGAACCCCCAGACCUUGUUUGCACUAUUCCGUAGUAACUGCAGAUGUCCCGGAGGAGGGUGCCCACGGAGGACACGCCCGGCGCGUUGAGUCCAGCGCUCGCGUGGGCCGGGCUCGCUAAGUCUUGUCCGUGCAGUCAGGAUGCGGCUCGGACCCACACCUCCUGGGAGGGAGGUGAUGCCCAUUGGAGACCCUGCCCCUCUCCUUCCAUACGGGGACAGCCCUCCCAGUACAUUCUAAAUAGUUGAUUUUAAAAAACUCCAAGAAGAAAAUUUUGAGGAUUUAAGCUUAGGAUAUUUUAUUUUUAUAAACGUCAGAUUAUUGUUAGGCUAAUAGAUCAUUGGUGAUUUUGAAGAUGGCAAUGACGUUAGGAAGUUAAUAUUUCAAAUAUUCAGGGGAAUCUGUAAAAGAGCAUCUGUUUAGCUGGGCAGUGUCGAUGUGGGUAGAAACACAGAUAUUGGAGAGGGAUGGGGGGGGGGGGGGCAGGGGUCAGUAGUGACCUUUGAGUACAACUAUUGCUCAGAAAUUUUAAAUGCAGAGAAGAAAGAGUGACAUCCAUGUCCUGUCUGGGAAAGAAGGGCCAAUGACAUGGCAUCUGCGAUUUAAAUACUGUAAGAGUGACUUGUGAGGCAGUUGAAAGUAUUUUUUUUUUCACAUCUGAUAGUUUCUGAACUUUCAUUUGAUGAGUUACUGUGACCAGUGUCCUUUCUUUAGCUGUGAACGUGUGGCCGAUACAGACACGGAUCUCACUCUGGUUUCUACUGUGUGAUGUGAAAAUGGUAAAUUAUGUGGGGAUUAUGAGCAAAGCUUCUAUUUGACAAGGCCCUGCUGUGGGAUCCUGAGGAUUUUUCUGCACCAGAUUGUUCUUACAAAAUGCGUAUGUUAGAAAAACGUGCACACUUUCAAACAGAAGAGGGAGGAGAGCCUUUUUAGCCUUAGAAAUCACUUUAAUAGGCGCUGUAUGAUAAAUCAUUGAAACGCGAGUGUAAAUAUUUUUCACGUCUAUCAGGGUUCUUAUGUGGAAGUGUGCUGUCACCACUGCCCUCGUUUAAGAGAGUAACCUGGUCUACGUGUUUAUGAAGGAUGCGCUUGCUUUAGAGCUCUAGGAGAAGCGGGCCCCUCCCGGAGAGCUCGACAACACUGGCCGCCUCACGGGGACGAAAUCCACACUUGCUGUCAUGAAGCAGACGCAGAAGAGUCACUGUUCCGUUAAUCUGUAGAAAGAACAAACACGCCUAAGUACACGCACAUACAUGUAAAUACUUACAUGCGGGGGCGUGUGUGUGUGUGUGUGCGCGCGUAUGUGUGUGUGUGGCUGUAAACCUGGAAACGGGUGGGUUUGGCCGCCCGUGGGUGACGAGGUCAUGACUGUGCGUCACUGUGGAAACACCAGAACUGCUGUACUCCCCAUUUCUACUGUAGCUCAUUUGCAAUCUAUUUUUAAUAAACUUUGUAUGUAUUUGAGCGGA